ACAUCGCCGGCUCGUUUAGCGGGGGUCGAGAAACCAAAACAGUCUGAGUUUUCUUGUGCCUCUGAAGAGCUCCGCUUGCAGUUGGUGGGAUCCCUCCCUGACGUUAGCGCUGCGCUUGAGGGAGAGUUUUCGUACGCGGUUGCUUUGUAGCCAUCGAACGGAGGUCGGAACUGGUAGUUAACGGACUUUGAACAUGUCGGGGAUCGCCCUCAGCAGACUGGCCCAGGAGAGGAAAGCCUGGAGAAAGGACCACCCGUUUGGCUUUGUGGCCGUCCCAACAAAAAACCCCGAUGGCACGAUGAACCUCAUGAACUGGGAGUGCGCCAUUCCCGGGAAGAAAGGGACCCCGUGGGAAGGAGGCUUGUUUAAACUGCGGAUGCUUUUCAAGGACGACUACCCAUCCUCACCCCCAAAAUGCAAAUUUGAACCACCGCUGUUUCACCCGAACGUGUACCCUUCGGGCACAGUGUGCCUGUCCAUCCUCGAGGAGGACAAGGACUGGAGGCCGGCCAUCACGAUCAAGCAGAUCUUGUUAGGAAUACAGGAACUUCUAAAUGAACCAAAUAUCCAGGACCCAGCUCAAGCAGAGGCCUACACGAUUUACUGCCAAAACAGAGUGGAGUAUGAGAAGAGGGUUCGAGCACAGGCCAAGAAGUUUGCACCUUCAUAAGCGGCGACCGCGUGGCAGCGUAAGAAGGAAGGGAUUGGUCUGGCAAGAACUUGUUUACAACAUUUUUGCAAACCUAACGUUGCUCUGUACAAUUACUAGUCGCCUGGGGAGGGUUGGGCGGGCGCCACUUUCCAUUUCCGCCACCGGUACACAGUCCUCGACUCGCUGAAUUGCCCGGUUUUUCAUACAGGGUCUCUUCCUUCAGUCUUUUGUAUUUUUGAUUGUUAUGUAAAACUUGCUUUUAUUUUAAUAUUGAUGUCAGUAUUUCAACUGCUGUAAAAUUAUAAACUUUUAUACUUCGAUGAGCCCCGAGGAGCUAGUUUCCUAGUUUCCUUUGCUCGCGGAUGCAGGCAUGCUUCCCACAGUGUAGAGCUACGCCCGGCCUCAGCUGGCCUCCCUCCCGCCUCGGUCUCCGCGCACCCUGGGUUGUGUUGCUUACGAGCCUCAGAUCCAAAGUCAGCCGGCGUCUCGUUCCCGCAUCACUUCCUUUGUGUCUAUAUGGCGUUUUGUCUGUGUUGCUGUUUAGAGUAAAUAAACUGUUUAUAUAAAGGUU